AUAGCCUAAGCUCAAUUUUUCCAUAACUUUUCUGUCAAGAUUAUAAGUCCCCGUCUGAAGCGAACGUUAUAGCAUAAACCAGAGUCUCCAGAGCACACAAGAAUCUCUUUGAACUUGUGUUUCUUUUCUGUGUAUAGAAUGGCGACCGAACCGAAACAAGCGACUGAGGAUGUGAAGAUUGACCUCUUUGAGGAUGACGAUGAGUUUGAGGAGUUUGAGAUCGAUGAAGAGUGGGAGGACAAGAACGAAGCAAAUGAAGGGACACAGCAGUGGGAAGAUGAUUGGGAUGAUGAUGAUGUCAAUGAUGACUUCUCACUGCAGUUAAGAAGGGAACUGGAAAGCAACAAUGAGAAGAAGUGAGCUGACUUAAACAACUUGUUGCAGCUACAAGUUGUUCUUUCAAGAAAUUAUGCUUAUGCUUUUCAAACUUUCGUUAGUAUAUUCUAUAUGUCCAAAUGCACUUAAAUUGAACUUUAAACUUGGAGGCUAGCUACCAGUAACAAAACUGUUUCAUUGCAAUUCUGUUGUGUAGUUGAGACAGAAAAGUUAUUGUGUUUGUGGGAGAUUUUUACACUGGAUCUGGUUUUCUUAUAAGAUUACCUGGUGUUGGUUUAGAGAUUAA